AUGGUUUUUGCUGAUAGAGAAGGGACAAGAAUUCAUGCUUCAGUUGGUGAACAACUCAUUAAAAAAUAUGGUGAAAGGCUACAUGAGGGAGAUGCAAUUGUCGUCCAGUUGUUCAAGGUCUUCGAUGCAAUUGGUGAAUAUCGUACAACUCCACAUCCGUACAAAAUUGGUUUCUAUCCAACCACUUUUGUUGGAAAAGCUAUAGAUUUUUCAAGUGAAGUUCCUGAAAAAAAAUUUACGGAUUUUACCGACAUUCUGGAAGGAAAGAUUGAUAGCAGCUGCUUAGUUGAUAUUAUUGGACAAAUAGUCAACUUUGGGUCGCUGGAAAACAAAAACAUUAAAGGUAAAGAUAACAUGAGGCUUUUGAUCGAGCUACGUGACCAUAGUAAUGUCAAGAUGAUGUGUACUUUGUGGGGUGGUUAUGCUAAACAAGUAUACGACUACAGUAUGAGUAACAUGUCCAUAAUGAUUAUUUGUAUUAUCAGGUUCUGUUCCAUUAAAGAGUGGAAAGGGGUUUACUCCAUAUCUAGCGGGUUUAAUUCCACCCACAUUUUGCUAAACCCAACGUGUUCAUUGGUUGAUGAGUUUAAAUUGUGUCUUCCUGAUGAUUCACUUGCUAUUACAAACAAGGAUAGUAGCCAAUGGAGUGUUGCUAGUGCUACAUCUGUUCGUGCCCGGUUUUUUGUUCUUAAUGAGAGGCUAACAAUAAGAGAUAUCGUUGACAGUACUCUGGUUGGGACUUUUGUCACCUUGGGGACUAUUGAAAACAUAGAUACUGAGCGUGGUUGGCAAUAUCUAAGUUGCAAAUACCACAACAAAAAAGUUAUGCCUACAACCAAUGUUGAUGAUGAGAACCGUCCCUUGCUUAAAUUAAUUGUCCACGUUAAAGACGAAACCGGUGAGGUAAACUUUCUUUUGUUUGAUGGCAAUGCUCAAGUGCUUGUGCGUCGUUCUGCCGCUGAACUCUAUGAUGAGAAUCUAGAUGAAGACUUGUUACCAGAAGCUGUUAGCGACCUUUUUGGCAAGAGAAUCCUUUUUGAGGUUUCAGUUGAUGCUGAUAACAUCAAAGGAAAGAGCUCUCAGUAUGUUGUUCGAAUUGCUACUGCUGACCGUGAACUGAUUGAGGAAUUUGCUGCUUUGCCAGUUAAACAGGUCCUAAUGCUGCAGUCUUCAGAUGAUAUUUCUUCUGGUUCAGGUGGUUUAUCAGGAACUCCAUUGUCUAAAAGAAAAAGCCAAGAUGAACAACAGAGUAGCCUAGAGGAUCAACAUUCCGUGAACAAGAAACUUUUUCUAAAGAAAGUCAAGGGAGAAGGCAUUCAAGAAAGGGCGUCUGGAGACAACUCAGCAUUACCGAGCCACAAGAAAGGGCGUCUGGAGACAACUCAGCAUUACCGAGCCAAGCUGUUCAUGUACAAGCAACUACAAGAGGGUCUCAUGAAGAAACAUGAUGCAGAGCUUGAGGUCUCCCGCGUUGCAGGGAAAUUGGAACUCAUUGAAGAACUCUUCAAUGAGUCUGCAUUCACUGAACUCAAGGAAAAGUUGGAGUCUGAUCUUGUGCUUGCUACGGCGAAGGUGGCUGAUGUGGAGGUCCCGUUCAUUGAUUGGUACAAGUUGGGUGAACCACAGAUGUUUGACUAA